CUACACUGGGCUUUUUAAUUCCUAAUUGAACAACCAUAAGUGAGUCAGGGCUGUGCAAUGACACUUGCUCUGGAGUGCUGGGUAUUCUUUUUAAAAUGCUGGAAAAUGCGUAUUGGUAAUUGACGCUGGGUGAGGGAACGCACUUCCGUCCAUUUCGUGUUACGUGUUCGCCUUGCAGGUGCUGAAGGAUAGCGGUCUUGGCACCAUUCAUAAUCUUUUCAAUAAAAUAACUUCGAUAUUGGACCAGAUUGAUUACGGAAAUUAUUCAGAAGAUGGUAGCAAAACAGAGAAUCCGAAUGGCAAAUGAGAAACACAGCAAAAACAUCACACAGAGGGGAAACGUUGCAAAGACCCUGAGACCACAAGAAGAGAAAUAUCCAGUGGGACCCUGGCUUUUGGCACUUUUCGUAUUUGUUGUAUGCGGAUCAGCUAUCUUUCAGAUAAUACAGAGUAUCAGAAUGGGCAUGUGAGGACCUGCAGUUUCUGUGGACCCUUUCUUCACUCUACAGUUUUGUGCACCAGAUACAAUUUUGGAGCUGCACAAUUAAUGGAAAACAAACAACAACAAAACAAAUCUUGCCUGCACAUUCAGUCCUCGAGUGCAGUCCAGAAAACCUUUUUACAUGACAUCGUGGUACAUACAUGUUUGAAAUGUCCUCGUUAACGGGGUCGCCUUGCUUUUAUACGGACUCUGUGGUUUAACCAUAUUGGUUGGCUGUAGCAGUGCUGUCUGUGUUUGUUUCACCUGACUAAUGUAUGUGUUUGAAAAUGUAAUUGCUCAACAAUAUGUACCAUAAUUCAUUUCUACUAUUAUGUGUGUAUGAUCUAUAGAGUACAUUUUACAAAUACAUGUGUUUAAUA